CUAAUUCUAGCUUAAAUUCUAGAGUUUUUGUUAGUUCAAUAUCUAUAAAAUUAAUUAAUUAAUUAUAAAAGUAAAAAAAUAAAUUUAAAUAAAUAAAAAAUGAAAUUAGUUGCUCUUUUGUUAGUACUUUCAGUUAUUGCUGCUAAUGCCUAGACUCCCACCACUGUCCCUAAUUGGGCUAGUUCAUAAGGAUUCACUGACUAUGGUACCUGCAUUCAAACGGUUAUGGCUGGAGAUCCAUGCACCUCAUCCUCUAAUAAGCCUGCCUGCAUGACUGCUGGAGCUGCUUAUAUUACUUGCUGGGUUGCAUGCUUUGCUUAAACUAGUUAUUCUAGCUUUAGAUCUUGCACAACUACUUGUGGUAACACCGCAAAAACUGCUGAUUCAACUCUUGGUACUUUGGUUUCUUCUUCUGAAUCAUGCUUCAGCAAGUUAAGCAGCUCAUUAUUAACAUUAUCUGCAUUCCUCUUAGCUGCUUUCGCUUUACUUUUUUGA